AUGGGCUUUGCCAUGCGUGCACGCCAGACUGGUCCUCCGGUAGCUGUGGGCAUCGACCUCGGUACCUCCUGCUGCCGGAUCGGGCUGUGGAGGGACGGUGAUGUUCUCAUCGUUCCAAACGACAGGGGAUGCCUGGCCACUCCAAACUGCAUCGGCUUCCUCGACUGCACGGGCCCCGUGGUCGGGGAUGCGGCCGCAGAGCAGGCGGCAGCCAACCUCAAGAACACGAUCUUCGCGCCCCAGAGGCUGCUGGGCGCCAGCUUCGACAGCCCCUGGGCACAGCGGCUUCGGCAAGGCGGGCCCUAUGGCGGCCCGGAGAUCGUACAGGGCGAGGAUGGAAGCGCCCUCUACCGCAUCCAAGACCGCGGAAAGUCGAAGCUCAUGCGCCCCGAGGAAGUGCUUGCCGUCUUGCUGCACGAGAUGAAGAGGCAGGUGGAACAAUGCCUUGGGGUCCAGGUGAAAUGUGCGGUGUGUACAGUGCCUUCCAAGUACGGCCAGAAGCAGCGCAAGGCCUUGUCAGAGGCCCUGCACAAGGCCCAGCUUGAGGUCUUGGCUUUGGUGAAAGCACCCACCUCGGCAGCCAUCGCGUUCUCACUGACGAACCCCAUCGAGGGCCCACGAAACGUGCUGGUGCUCGAUUUUGGGGCUUGCUACUGCGACUUCUGCCUCCUGACUCUGCAUGGCAAACGCCUUUGCGAGCGCGCCGUGGGCAGCGAGUUUGUCGACUUGGACUCCCUGCUGGUGCGCUUCUGCCUGACCGACAUCAAGCUCCGCCUGGGCGUCGAUAUCUCCAGCGACUGGCCGGCACUUCUGCGGUUGAGUAUGGCCUGUGAGAACGCCAAACGGAAGCUCUCACAGUGGAACCAGACGCGCGUGAACGUGGAGGCCCUCAUCAACAGCAACGACUACUGUGUUGCGAUGUCAAGAAGCUACUUCGAGGAGUUCUGUUCCCGGGACAUCGACAGCCUCAUGGAGAUCUUCGACAUCUGCCUCGAGGAGUCGGGCCUUGAGCGCGAUGCCGUCGAUGUGGUCUUGGUGGGCGGCUCCUCGCGCAUCCCGCGCUUCCGGCGUUUGGUCAAGGACUUCUUCCGUGGCCAGCAGCCCAGUGAGCUCCUGCGCCCGGACCACGCCGCCGUGCUCGGGGCCGCGGUCUACGCCGCGGCGCUGGCCCCGCCGCAGCCGGGCAGUAGCCGCAAGGCCGAAGACCCCGACGGGGAGAAGCGGCCUGCCCCGACCGAGCCGGGGCCAAGUCCCACCAACCGGCCCAGCGCGGUGGGCGCCACGACUGCCGGGAUCUACAGCUUCGACGGCUUGCGCCUCGAGGAGAUCCUUCCCUGGUCCUUGCUGUUGGAGCCCUCCGUUGCUGAGGAGCCUGAGGUGGAAGACGUGCCCGACGUUCCCUGCAAUGAGGCCUUCGGCCCUCGACCACCGAGGGAGCGGUUCGUGAUGAGGCCUUCGCAGCCGGGGCAGAGGCCCUGA